AUGACAGCGCAAUUUUGUUCGAUGAGUUCUGUUUCGACCAGUUGGAAAAGAAAAACAAGGAUAAUCAAACUGGCGAUUUGUAGACAAGCUGUAUCUGAUGUUAUGCAGUUUAAUGCUCGUGAUCCAUAUUUUGUGGCUGAUCCGAAUACUUUCCCCGCGUUUGGCUGGUUUGAUAACCUCGAUGAUUGUGCGCGAAACCCAUGCCCGUUUCAGGGGAACUCGGAGGAGCAGGUCAGUAUAUUGUUGAGUUCCUUAUCGGUGCCAACUGCUGGGCCAACUGAUCGUGGAGAAGCUUUCUCGUCUCAUUCGGUUGCGUAUUCUCCAGAUGUGGUGCAGUCUCCAGAUGGUGGGCUGCAGUCGAGACUGGGCUCUGUUUCUUUUGAUCCUGGUGUUCAGAAUGAGGUGUUGCAGGACGAGGAGUUGCAGGAUGAGGAUUUGCAGAGUGAGGGGGUGCCGAAUGAGAAGUUGCAUUAUUCUCAGCAUAUUGUUUUCUUGGAUUCAAGCUCUGAAGUUUGCCGCGCUCCAUUUCCUGACACUCUGUCGGCUUCUGUUGACCCAGGUGUUCGGAAAGAGGAUUUGCAUGAUGAGGAGGCACGAAGAAGCCCCGCGAGCCCCCGUAACCAGACGCCGUCUUGGUUACCGCCGGGUCGUAAAGAUAACUGUGCAUCUUCUUCCCGGCUCUGUUCAGAUGAGUUGCAGAGCAAUCGAUCUGAGUGUCAAGCUGCCAGGGACUGGGCGCGUGCCAAUGAUGACGCAGUUGCUCUUUGGCGGGAAUUCGAACGGCUCCCGAAAGAGGAGUUUUGGGCUCGGAUCGAGGCGCUCAACGCAUGCAAACUUCGAAUGGGAAUUGAGAGUCCCGAGGAGGCGCCGAGUCCUGAGGAGGAUGCUGGCCGUGAGAAAGGCCAGAGGCACCGCAGAAACAGGAGGCGGGCAAGGGCGAAGGCUCAGGCAGUUCUAACUGGCUCUUCUAUGUCAAAGUCGGCCCCUCAAUCUACUUGCUGCGAUGAGGACGCUGAUUCGGAUGCGGCCUUCCACGCAUGGGAUAAUAUGGCCACCCAGCGAGUGAGGGCAAAUUUUUACUUGAAGCAGGCUGCUCUGCACCGUUUCUGUGAGGCUUUGCGCCGUGAUGGGGGG